UUGUACAAGUGGUCAGCAGCAACAGAGAGAGUUGCAGCUGCAUUCUGACUGUGCUUCCUGUGAGAUACAGCAAGUUUGUCACUUCUCUUCGUAAUCUGUAAGAUCUCAGCACUGCAGGGACAACAACAUACACGCUGCUUUACCAUGGAGGCUACAGCCAAGUAUGACUUUGAAGCUACAGCUCAGGAUGAACUCAGCUUCAGAAAGGCAGCGCGAUUGAAGAUUCUGCAGACCACUGGAAACUGGUACAGAGCAGAACUUAAUGGAGUUGAGGGGUUUGUACCCAAAAAUUUCAUCAACAUUCAUCUGCCCAGCUGGUACCAGGAGGACUGUAGUCGCACAGACGCCCAGCAGAAGCUGAUGUCACAGCCUACAGGGGCCUUCCUUAUACGCAGUAGCCGACAUUCAGCCCUGAGUGACUUCUCCAUCUCUGUCAGACAUGCAGCAGAUGUGCUGCACUUCAAGGUGAUGCGGGACAGCAGUGGGCAGUAUUACCUCUGGUCAGAAAAGUUCCCUUCUGUCAACCAACUGGUGGAACAUUACAAACACAACUCUAUCUCUAAACAGAGUGAAAUAUUCCUACAAGAGGCACAACAACAGCAUAAAGGGGGCUCAGACAAAUCGCCAUUUCCCCCCACUCCUCUCCCCACUGCUCCACUCUCCAUCGGCCCACCUAAACCCGCACGACAACAGCACACAGCCUCCUCCACGCUCAAGGUCAUAGCUUUGUACAGUUUUCAUGCUGAAGAGAGAGACGAGCUGGAGUUCAACGCCGGCGAUAUCAUCACGGUCCUGGAGCGCUCCGACCAGACCUGGUGGAAAGGCCAGCUAAGGGGCAAAACAGGCCUGUUCCCCUCCAACUUCACCAAACCUAUCUGAGAGGAACUCACAGAGACAAACACUUUGUAUCCAAACAUACGUUUAAUGUCAAUUCUUGCCACUUUAGCUUUACUUACAGUAAGUCCCAACCCUAAACUGGCAGCAAAGGACUCAGCAAAGUGUUAUGUGACAGAAAGUGUCAGCUGUCGAGAAUAAAAAAGAGGACUAACUUGUUGGUUUAGGUGCACACACACACACACACAUUCUGCACAUGGAAUUUCUGUUUCUCGUCAUGGCAAACAUACUGUUGGCGUCCUGUAUAAGAGAUAUAUAAUAGGACAACUGUUUGGCUGCAAAAAGGACUUCUCAAAGAUUUAUUAAAGUUUACAUAUUGCUGUCAAUGUCAGGAUAUUUUAUUUAGACAGAUAGUAAUCCUUAACAAAAUAUUUGAAAAUGUGGUGUCUGCUUUUACAAAUAACUUAUAACAAAGCCCAUGGCAAUACUAUCUCAUGGUCAUGUACUGUAGGUACCCAUUUCAGUUAUGAUUUCAACAAUAGCAUUUAUUUUCAGAGAUUUAUAUUUUGAAUUUAAGAAGUGAUGAGCACUAUUAUAGAGUGUUGACAAUUCAUUUUUUAAAGGAUAAUGAUUCAUACAUUAUCCUGUCCUGCCCAGUGAUGGAAUGCAACUAAGUACAUUUACUCAAGUACUGUUCAUAAGUACAAUUUAGAUAUACCUGGUCCAGGUCCAUUUUAGGCUAGGAAAUAUUGUACUUCCCCCACUACAUAUUGCUACUUGUUGCUUUUCAAGUUAAGAUUUACAUGUAAAAUAUUUGAUCAAGAUGAUGCACUAUUUUUGAUUAAAGUAACCGAUAUUACCGGAUUCCAAUAUUUUUAUAAUAACAAUUAUCAAAUGACAAUGUGAAAACAAUGUCACAAUGUGAAAGGUGUCCCUCAUAGUGAUGAACCUACAGAGAAUUAUCACCUGAAUCUGCAGGACCCUUCCAUUAAAGGAGCUUAAAGGAGUGACGUUUAGCUUGUUGUUUGCAACUUUAGUGUUCUGGUUCACUCUCACUGCUCUUGCAGUGUUAUUUGCAGCAAAAAAAAAGGUAUUAAGGUCAUUACUGUACACUACUUGCUCAGCACCAAACAGGACACAGACACAUAUAGACUAGCUGGUAAACGUUUAGCAGCUAAAGAGCAAGAUAUUUCCCUCAGGAAUUGGUUGAAACCAAAAACAGAGCUAAAAGAGAGUUUUGAAUAUUGGACACAUCCAUCAGGUGGCCAAAAACAGGACUUCAAAUGAAUGAUAAUGUUGCUAUGUAACUGCUUUAUGUGUCAAUAAACUAUUUGCUAUAGCA